AUGCAUUCAUCAAAAAAAUUUCCAAUUAUAAAAAUUGAUUUUGUUGGGGAUAAUAAAGAUUCAAAAAGUAGUGUUAGCAGUGAAUUAGAAAAAUUUGCACUUGCAUAUAAUGAAGUAAGAGGAAUCCAUUCAACAUUCAAUUUACAUAAUCAAAUAAAUUCUUACAAAAUUGAAAAUAAUCGUUUAGAGAAUAACAAUAGAAAUAUCAUAAAUUACAACAUUGAAAGUAAAUCUAAUAAUCAACAAAUUAUUAAUCAAACAAAAAUGUCUGGAUUUAGCUUUCAAAUACAAAAUGGCAUUCAUAAAGAAACUAUAUAUUGGAAUAAUAGUGAGAUUAGCCUCAAUGAGUUAAAGGAGGAGGCUGUCAAAUUUAUUCAAAGAAAUAAUCCAAAUAACAAUUUUGGGGAUCAAUUAUCUGAUUUUCUUCUUCUCUAUCGUCAUGACUUUACUUCUAUAAACAUUUUACAAUUAAUUAAUUCUAUAAAUGACGUUAUUGAAGGAACACUAGUUGAAGUUGUAAUAAGUCCAUGCUCUCAACAUGACCGAUUAGUAAUUCAUCCACAUACAUUGUAUGUUCAUAGUUAUAAAAGCCCUACAUUUUGUGACUUUUGUGGUGAACUUCUUUUUGGCUUGGUAAAACAGGGAUUAAAAUGUGAAGGAUGUGGAUUAAAUUAUCAUAAACGGUGCGCUUCUAAAAUUCCAAAUAAUUGUAGUGGUAGUAGACAAAGAAGACCCAGUGCCAUACCAUUGUCUCCAAGAAACUCACAAUGUUUAAGAGACUCUAUAUCACAUAUUAGUCCUAUUUUACAUGCUGCUGCGGUUACAUUUAAUAAUGUUGUUAAUGUAAAAAGUUUAACUCCUGUCGAUAUGCAUGGAAAAGGCAAUAAAAAUCAAAUUUUUGAUUCACCUUCUUUUUUAAAAUUAAAUCAUCCUGAUAUAAAAAUUACUACUGAUAAUGAUUGUGAAGAUCCUAUAGGUGGUAAUUUUCUUCAAAUGCCAAGAAAAGAUAGAAGUUCUUCAUGGAGUGGUAGACCACUUUGGAUGGAAGUAGCUGAGGCAAAUAGAAUAAAAGUUCCACAUACUUUUCAGGUACAUACUUAUAAAAAACUUACUGUAUGCCACUAUUGUAAAAAACUUUUGAAAGGCCUUAUAAGACAAGGAAUUCAGUGCCGAGAUUGUAAAUAUAAUUGUCAUAAAAAAUGUGCACAAUUUGUUCCUAAUGAUUGUUCAGGAAAUGCAACACAAAAUAUGAGAGAUUUAUUUAUUGGACAAUCUGAUUCAAAUGAAAAAGAUAUUAAUGAUGAUGAGGAUCAUUUUUUAAAAUCUCCCAGAAGUCAUGCUAAAGCACAAUCUACUCCUUCUGCUCCAUUACAAGAAACUAAUAAUUCAUUAGAUAAAGAGGAAUAUUCUCCAGAAGAAAAAGUUAAUGAUACUGAUAAUAUAAGUAAUAUUAGUGAAUCACAGAAUAUCCCACUUCAAAGAAUAGUAAUGUCUAAAAAACAAACAAAACGUCCAAAUGCAACUAAGAUAUUGAAAGAAGGAUGGUUAAUUCAUUUUACAUCACGUCAUUCUAUGCGGAAAAAGCAUUAUUGGCGUUUAGAUACAAAAUCUCUUAUUCUAUAUAAAGAUGAAAAUUCUACUGGAUAUUAUAAAGAACUUCCUCUUUCUGAAAUAUUAGAGGUUAAUAUUGUGGAGCAUGGUGAAAAUGACAUAUGCCUUCCUUAUCUAUUUGAAAUCAAGACUCAUACUACAACAUAUUUUGUUACUGUUGUUCCACCAUCUACAUCUGGUACAAGUAACAAUGAAAAGUCAACAGCAGCAAAAGUUUUACAGGCAGCAUUAGAAAAUGCAGCUGCAUGGAGUGCAGCAAUUAAACAAGCUCUAAUGCCAGUAACACCACAAUCAUCAACAAAAUCUUCAAAAAAUAAUAAUAAUAAUAAUAAUAAUAUGAAUAUAGGAAUGGUGGAUAAUAUUAUUAAUAAAACUGGUGCUUUAACAAUAAAUAAUAAUAAUAAUUUAAAUGGUAUGAUGAAACAACUUAAUCUUCCAAAUGAAAAAGGUGAGGUUGAGUCAGAAGAAAUUGGACAUUUAGGAUUAAAAAUAAGAAGUGAACAAGAAUUUUCACAACUUUAUCAAAUUUUUGCUGAUGAAAUUUUAGGUAGUGGACAAUUUGGGACAGUUUAUGGAGCAAUACAUCGCAAAACUGGUAAACAUGUAGCAGUUAAAUUAAUUGAUAAACUUAAAUUUCCCAGUAAUAAAGAGGCAGCUUUAAGAACAGAAGUUGAAAUAUUACAAAAAGUUAAACAUCAUGGUGUUGUUGAAUUUCAACAAAUGCUUGAGACACAUGAUAGAAUAUUUGUUGUUAUGGAAAAAUUAAAGGGUGAUAUGUUAGAGAUGAUAUUAAGUAGUGAAAAAGGACGUUUAAAUGAAAGAUGUACACAAUUUUUAAUACACCAAAUAUUAAUAGCAUUACAAUAUUUACAUAGUCAAAAUGUAGUACAUUGUGAUAUGAAACCAGAAAAUAUUUUAUUAGCCUCUGAUUCAGAUUUUCCUCAGGUAAAAUUAUGUGAUUUUGGUUUUGCUAGAAUUAUUGGUGAACGUAGUUUUCGUCGUUCUGUUGUAGGAACACCAGCUUAUUUAGCACCAGAAGUAUUAAGAAAUAAAGGGUUUAAUAGAAGUUUAGAUAUGUGGAGUGUUGGUGUUAUUGUAUAUGUUUCACUUUCUGGAACAUUUCCUUUUAAUGAAGAUGAAGAUAUUAAUGAUCAAAUUCAAAAUGCAGAAUUUAUGUAUCCUCCUAAUCCAUGGAGGGAAGUUUCUGUUGAGGCAAUUGAAUUUAUUAAUAAUUUACUUCAAGUUAAAAUGCAAAAAAGACUUUCUGUUUCUAAAGCAUUAGUACAUAACUGGCUUCAGAAAUAUACAUUAUGGUCUGAUCUUCGUGUUUUAGAAAAAGAAGUUGGAGAAAGAUAUUUAACACACGAGAGUGAUGAUGAAAGAUGGAAAGAAUAUGAAAUACAAAAUAAUAUUACUCCUGUGUAUUUAUAA